CCUACGUACGUCUGCUUCGGGCUGCAGCAACAUGGCGAUGGCGCUCGUCAAAAAAGACGACGGGUGACGCUCUCCUUACCUCCUUCUUCGAAUUUCCCACUUCUGCUGCGGCUGCUGCUGUUGCUGCUGCGGCUUUUGACAACUGCUGAAUGCUGUCUUACCGAUAAUACAACUACAUAGGGUGCACCGGGUAUGUGCGACUGAAUAUCCCUGAGAAUGAGUGAGUGGUAUCUGGGAGUUAAAAUCAAGGACAAUAUUAUCGAGUCAUGUGGGAUACGUAACAUCCCCGCCAAUGGUAUACGACGUUGUGUGAAUUGCAACUUUGUCCCCGAGAUGCUGCGGAAACUGGAAUGCGAGCACGAGUUGUGCGAACAUUGCUAUGAAACCAUCACGUCGUACACUUGUCAACUUGACUGCACUGGUACACGUAAAGAGAAGGUUUCGGAACGACGUUACAACACAGAUUUAGAUGGCGCUAUCCUUACGUGUCCCAGAUGCGGCGUGCACAAAAUCUACUCCGCGAUGAAGAAGCACCUCGAGGAAAAGCACAGCAAUCCUCCGAUGGAAGUGCAAUGGCCCCAAAGCGAGAACUCGGAUUGUGACGACAGCACGCCCUUGGCUUCAGUGGGCGAAGGUGGCGGUGAUCGGCAAAACGACACUGUUCCCGGAUUCGAGACCUGUCCUUACUGUUUGAAACCAUGGGAAAAACAAGAGAUUCAAGAACACGUGGAUGACUGCUCGCAACAGAUCACAGAGUGCCCAGAGUGCGUCGAAGAAAUGAAAAAAUCCGAUUACGAAGAACACAUAAAACAGUGCUACAAAAAGGAGGAAGAAAAGAAGGCAGGCGGGUCUGCAAGUUCCCAGAGAGUUUAUGACGGCAGUGAAAUACGCCAGAAAAGAGAAGAAGUUAACGAACUCAAGGAAGCCAUAAAUAAAUUAGAAGAAAGAAUCAGGAAACUUGAAAUGCCAUUGAAAAGGGUCCUGCAACGAUUGCAAGAAGAGGCAAUGAAACGGAACCAGUAAUUGGUGGUUGAAGUUUCUGUUAACUUCGUAGGAAGGUGGUCGCGCAUAUUUUAAUAUUUUACACAUGUUGUAGCCUUCAGGCAAAGAAUACAAACGUGCAGAAGGAUUUCUAUCCGUUGCGCGUUGUGGUAGUUCAGCAGCAUCUGGCGUUCUGGAACGGAACACGACGUCGAGGGCUCUAUGCCUGAAAACAGCGACUGUAUGCAGAUGUUGGGAUGCAAAGAAUGUAGACAAGGCCGUCGUUCAGUUUGGGGAAACGAGAAAGAGAGCUUGCUGGGAAUUAUUCAAUUGUAUUUUGUUUUUCGCUACAGGUAAAUAAACAUUUCUUUGACAAA